AUGGCAGCCAAGAAGUGCGCCAGAGCCGAAUGUGGCAAGACCGUCUACCCGAUGGAGGAGCUGAAGUGCUUGGACCAGGUCUGGCAUAAGCAGUGUUUCCGAUGUACAGUUUGUAACAUGGUGCUGACGAUGAAAAACUACAAGGGUUAUAACAAGAUGCCUUAUUGCGAAGCGCAUUAUCCUCAAACGAAGGCGACGGUGAUCGUCGACACGCCGGAGAUGAAACGUUUGGCGGAAAACACUCGAAACCAAAGUCUGGUAAGUAGGCAUUUUUACUGCAUGACGUUUUGCGUGCGAUGGCUGUUUGCUCAUCAAAUGCGCAGCAGCUGCUUUGUUCCUCGCCUGGUCGGUUAA